AUGGAUCCCGGGGAGCCCAUACACCAGGAGGACACCAAGUCUCCGAUAAACGCUUCUUUAGGGACUGAAGACAGGGAGAAGUCUCACCCACCGGCGAAUCUUGAGGCAGGUAUCCGUCAAGAUGAGGCUGUUGACGGAGAACCAUCACAGGAGGAGGAUAGCUACCUCCAUGGAUUACCCCUAGUACUGAUGUCACUUUCACUCAUGGUUGGUGUAUUGAUGAUCGCUCUGGAUAAUAGUAUCAUUGCUUGGUAUGCAUCGGCCUAUCUCCUCACCCAAAUGUCCUUCCAACCUACCUUCGGCAAGAUAUAUACCUUCUUCAAUCUCAAAUGGGUAUACUUAAUCUCUUCGAUCAUCUUUGAAGGGGGUUCUAUUCUUUGCGCUGCAGCACCGAGUUCAGCAGCCUUCAUCAUCGGUAGAGCCAUAGCUGGGCUCGGCGCAGCGGGGGUAUUCUGCGGUGCCAUGAUCAUCAUUUCCAAGAUCGUUGAGAUGAGAAAAAGGCCAUUACUGCUGGCCAUAAUCUCCAGUAUGUAUGGCAUAGCGUCUGUCAUUGGCCCAUCUCUUGGUGGUGUAUUCACUCAUUCGAAGCAACUUACUUGGAGAUUUUGUUUCUGGAUCAACUUGCCUCCAGACAGCGACCAUACCCUCAAGGAAAAGAUACUUGGCCUCGGCCUCAAAAGCGCAGUGAUUCUUGCAGGAGCUCUAGUAUGCCUCUUCCUGGCUCUACAAUGGGGAGGCACCAAACAUCCUUGGUCCGAUUCACGGGUCUGGGGCUGUCUUGUUGGUUUUGGUCUUCUUCUGACGUUCUUCGUGUACAUACAAAUACGACAAGGAGAAGCUGCAUUGAUCCGUCCUCGCAUCAUCUCACAGAGAUCCGUCUUCCUUGGAUGCCUUUUUUCUGCGCUGUAUCAAGGAGCUAUGACCACGCAGAGUUACCAUCUGCCGUUUUAUUUCCAGACUGUCAAGGGAGUGGACCCCCAAUCAUCUGGUGUUGACAUUCUUCCCCACGGGGUUACCGUCACGAUAGCUACUCUUAUUACCGGCUCUAUUAUCACUUGGCUGGGAUACUACGUCCCAUUUAUGUGGGCUGGCUCGGCCAUCUUCACAAUUGGUGCAGGUCUGCUGUACACGAUCUCACAAAACACCCCACUGGCGAGAUGGUUUGGCUACGAAGUUCUAGCUGGAGCUGGCUUCGGCAUAGCGAUCCAGAUCCCAAUCUUUGCCGUACAAGUCGUCUUGGUAGCAGGUGACAUUCCCCUGGGAACGGUGCUGAUCAUCCUAUCCCAAGCCCUAGGAGGUUCGGUGGGUCUGUCCAUCUCCCAAAACGUCUUCCAGAACUCUCUCCGCCAAAGGCUAAAGACAAUAGCCGACAUUGACAUCCAAGCUGUUAUCGCGGCAGGAGGGACUGAUUUGGAACAUGUCGUGUCGGCUGAUUCUCUCGCCCACGUCAGAGAUGCGUUUAGGUAUGGUAUCUCAAAUGCCUUCCUUGUAUCGACGGCACUUGGCGGCGUCGCCUUUUUGGCAAGUAUCGGAAUGGAGCGAAAGAAGAUCAAGUCAAAGAAGGAAGGAGUUGACUUGUAUAAGACCGCACGGCCUUUCGAUGUUUCUGUCUUCUCUAGUCGAGGCUCAAUUGAUACGAAAAUGACUCUCGCUAAGGUUGCAUUCACUUUGGCCAAUUUGGUGGCCGUGGGUUCGAGUGCAAAGAAUGUCGCGGAUGGGUUCGUUGCUGCGCCAUACUACCCAGCUCCUUAUGGAGGAUGGGAUGAAGCAUGGGCCGAUAGCUAUGCCAGAGCUAAGAAGAUGGUUGAUUCUAUGACGCUGGCUGAGAAGACCAAUAUUACAGCUGGCACAGGUCUCUUUAUGGGUCCUUGCAACGGUAACACUGGAUCAGCUGACCGCGUUGGCUUCCCUCAACUCUGUCUCAACGACGCUGCCAAUGGCGUUCGACUUGCCGACAAUGUCACCGUAUUCCCAGAUGGAAUCACAGCCGGCGCAACUUUCGACAAGAAGCUGAUGUAUGAACGUGGUGUAGCAAUUGGAAAGGAAGCUCGUGGUAAAGGUGUCAACGUCUGGCUUGGUCCGUCUGUUGGUCCUAUCGGUCGAAAGCCAAAGGGCGGACGCAACUGGGAAGGCUUUGGAACAGACCCAUCGCUGCAAGGUAUCGGUGCACGCGAGACGAUCAAGGGAGUUCAAGAGCAGGGAGUCAUCGCUACGAUCAAGCAUCUUAUUGGAAAUGAGCAGGAGAUGUAUCGGCGACAGACUACUGAUGUUGUAUCUCCUGCAUACUCGGCAAACAUCGAUGACCGAACUAUGCAUGAGCUGUAUCUCUGGCCUUUUGCGGAGGCAGUGAAAGUUGGAGUUGGAGCGACCAUGACAGCUUAUAACCGAGUCAACGGCACUAUAUCCAGUGAGCACUCAUAUCUCAUCAACGCCUUGUUGAAAGAAGAGCUUGGCUUCCAAGGCUUCGUCAUGACAGACUGGCUCUCUCAAAUCACUGGCGUACAGUCCGCCAUUGCAGGAAUGGACAUGAGCAUGCCUGGUGAUACCAUCAUCCCUCUCUUUGGCAAUUCUCUAUGGAUGUACGAGCUAACCCGAUCCGCACUCAAUGGCUCGGUUCCCAUGUCGAGACUGAACGAUAUGGCUACUCGUAUCGUGGCAACCUGGUAUCAGUUCGAACAAGACAAAGACUUUCCAUCUGUCAACUUUGACACCAACACAUACAACAGAGUCGGUCCUCUGUAUCCAGCAGCAUGGCCUAACUCGCCCUCGGGAGUUGUCAACCAAUAUGUUCAAGUUCAGGACGACCAUGAUGAGAUCGCCCGACAAAUCGCCCAAGACGCUAUCACUCUCCUCAAGAACGACGAAAAGCUUCUUCCACUGAGCACCAAGAGCUCACUUAAGGUCUUUGGCACUGGCGCACAAACCAACCCUGAUGGCGCCAAUGCCUGUGUCGAUCGAAGCUGCAACAAGGGCACGCUGGGUCAAGGUUGGGGCUCGGGUACAGUUGACUACAUGUAUCUCGACGACCCCAUCGGCGCCAUCAAGAAGGCAGCCGGAGAUGUCACGUUCUACAACACAGACAAGUUCCCAUCAGUUCCGAGCCCUUCUGAUGACGAUGUUGCAAUUGUCUUUGUUACCUCUGAUUCAGGCGAGAACCAGUACACGGUUGAGGGUAACAAUGGUGAUCGGAAUGCGGACAAGCUGAAUGUAUGGCAUAAUGGCGAUGCACUUAUCAAAGCUGCCGCAGCCAAGUACAAGAAUGUCGUCGUUGUCAUCCACACUGUCGGGCCCGUCCUCGUUGAUCAAUGGAUUGAUCUCCCAUCAGUCAAGUCUGUCUUAGUUGCCCAUCUCCCCGGACAAGAGGCUGGAAAGUCUCUCACCAACAUCUUGUUUGGCGACGCGUCGCCGUGCGGUCACUUACCCUAUUCCAUCACCAAGAAGGAAGACGACAUGCCCGAAAGUGUCACCAAACUCAUUGACUCGGGCUUCAUCGAUGCGCCGCAGGAUACCUACAGUGAAGGACUGUUUAUCGACUACCGCUGGCUUAACAAGGAAAAGAUUCAACCUCGUUAUGCGUUCGGCCAUGGACUCAGCUAUACCAACUUUACGUACACGAAUGCGACCAUCAAGAGAGGCACCCAGCUGAGCCAGUAUCCUCCCAAGCGACCCGCAAAAGGAAAAGUUCUGGACUAUUCGCAAGACAUUCCAGACUACAAAGAAGCGAUUAAACCCAGCAGCUUUAAAACCAUCUGGCGCUACCUAUACUCUUGGCUCUCCGAAUCCGACGCAAAGUCCGCCGCCGCAAAAGCCGAGACAUCCAAAUACCCUUACCCAGACGGCUACUCCACCGCGCAGAAGACAGUUCUCCCCAAGGCGGGCGGUGUUUCAGGCGGCAACCCUGCUCUCUGGGACGAAGCUUAUACUCUGUCCGUAGUGGUGACUAACGCAGGUUCCAAAUUCUCCGGCAAAGCUUCUGUGCAGGCCUACGUCCAAUUUCCGAGCGUUGCCGGAUACGAGACUCCCGUCAUCCAGCUGCGCGACUUUGAGAAGACCAAGGUUUUAGAGCCUGGCUCGAGCGAGACCGUGCAAUUGACCUUGACCAGGAAGGACUUGAGCGUCUGGGAUGUCAAGGCUCAGGACUGGCUUGUCCUUGAUGGGGAGUUUAAGAUUUGGUUGGGGUCUGCAAGCGAUAAGUUGGAUGCUGUCUGCUUCACUGACGACCUGGGCUGUGAGCACGACGUCAAGGGACCAGUAUCAUACGAUUCGUAG